GUGUAGUCCAGGGUAUACGCUGGUAUACGGCGUAUACCUACUUAUUUUUCAGUCAGCAUUGCGUAUACCCACUUCUAAAUCCCCCCUGAUGCGCAUCAUUCAGUAAUAUCUGUGAGUCAGAUUGCCUAUUUUCUUCCUCGGGGAUAGUGAAGCCAUGACCCACCCUCCUCUGCCUCUAAUUGGCUGGUACUCGCUGCUUUCACUGAUUAGAUUGGUUAACUUUAGGCAUGAGGACUGAUGAGCCAAUCAGAGGCAGAGUAGGGCGGGUCAUGCCGAGGAAAAUAUCGCUAAUACCUCAGGUGCCAGUGAAAAAAAAAAAAAAAAAAACUCAGGUGCCGGUGCCACUUGACUACGAUAACGGCAGCAGACCAAACAACGGAUGAAGAAAGGACACAAGCGGCGGUGUGCCACCCCAGUUGAUGGAAGACAUCAUUCUGAGGUAAGUUUUAAGGUGGUUUCCAAAUGAAUCAUUAUUUUAAACUACUGGCAAAUUGCCAGUGACUGCACAUUUAGAGGAGAAGAGAUGUUGCCGCCAAUAGUUAGUGCGAGUCGGCUAACGUUAUGAAGCUAGCUACGUAGAUUGGGAUAAUGUGGGGAAACCGGGGCAUUGUUGGUUUUCAGUAAGUGUUUAAUCAACCCAGUUCAUAAGAAUUUCAUACCAGACUGAUGAAACUGAUUAUCUCAAUGUUUAUGAAGCUUGUUUAUUAUUGUAAAGGUCUAAAUUAUAACGUUAGCCAAGUUACUAAGCCCUAAAUUAUAACAUUAGCCAAGUUACUUAGCCCUAACUAACCUAUAUGAUCUAGUUUAAUUGCAUAGUAGCUAAGCUGGUAGUUGAUUUUUAAGUAAGUUAAAACACAAGAAUGGGGACAAAUAGUUUAAGAUUCAGCCUAAAACAAUAUUGAGGUCUAAUCAGGCUGUCUUAUUUUGUAUAGGGACAGGUAACCAUGAAAAGGAAGGGAGAUAUUGCAGACUUUUUUUGUAAAGAGGCACAAAUCAGGCCCAGAUCAGGCCCAGGCAGACCCCACCCCUAAAACCAGCAGCCCUGGCAGCUCUCAACCGGGAGCUAGCCAGGCAAGUCAGUGUGAGCAUAGAGAAGGAUCCAGUCUACCACCACCAGGUCAGAACACACAGGCAGUAAAUUGCAUCUCCAGUUUAUUGAAAAGUGAAGCCUCACACUGUAACAAAAGGUGAUUUUGACAGAUUAAGCCUCAUUUUGAAUUUCUGUGUGAUGUUAUUUAUUUUAUUGCCCUUCUAUUUAUUUUGUCUGUAUCCAUGUUUGUUUUUUUACAAUGCUACUGUUAUAUAACAUUUUGUGUUAAAUUUGUUGUUUUUUUGUUAAAUAAACUCUCCCAAGUAUUUCACUCACUAAUCUCCUGUAUGCUUCAGCUUCACUUGCUGAAAAUAUUUCCACUUGGUUAUGCAGAUUGUUAAUGUAAAGAGGGGGACCCAUGUCUUGCUGAUGACUAUUGUGAUCACAGUAGUGUGUGUGUGUGUGUGUGUGUGUGUGUGUAAGUGUGUGAGAGAGAGAGAGACAGGGAGAUGCAUAAUUAGUUUUGUUGUUGUCUGUAGACAUCAAUAAUGACUGGCCAGACCUGUGGAGUGCUAAACAAACAGAAGACUUCAAAUCCAAGAACCCCUGGUUGGGAUCCAAAAACAAAAAAUUGGGAUGUCUGGUCUGUAGCAGUGUGAACUCCAUUGGGAUCGACAAGGAGCAAGGACAAGGUGUAUCGCUCUCAAGAGAAUGGAUGAACUUUGAAAUUCAAGUGUCUGGCCAGGGAAGUAGAACAACAAGUUUGUCAAUCUUGAGAAAUAAGGUGAGGAAACAUGCGUUGUCCAAGGCCCACACUCAGGCUGUGAAGGUGGCAGAGCAACAGAAAGAAGCUGCCAUUGAGAAUGCAGUGGAGACUAUGACUGAGUCCUACAUGAAGGAAACUGAAGCUGUGUUUCGAACAGCCUACCAUCUGGCCAUCUGGCCAAAAAGAACCGACCCUUUUCUGACCAUGAGAGCCUCAUUGAGCUGCAGGAACUGAAUGGUGUAAAAAUGGGCUCAAUACUUCAUUCACGUUACAGUGCAACACAAAUAAUACAACAUGUUGCUAGUGAGAUGCAGAGCAAAAUCAUCAGUAGCAUUAUAGCAUCAUCCAGUAAGUUAGCUGUCCUAAUUGACGAGGCAUCUUCUUUAAGUCACAAAGCUGUCAUGACAGUUUCUAUUAAAGCAUCAAUUCAAGAAGAAAGCCCUGAGUUCAUAUUCCUGGAACUUGUUGAACUGGAAAAUCAGAGAGCAGAUGGCAUAUUACAGGCGUUACUCACCUGUUUAACUAAUGCUGGCUUUACAGAAGAGUGGCUUCAUGAAAACUGGGUAACAUUUGUAUCUGAUGGAGCCAGUGUCAUGCUAGGAAAGAAGUCAGGAGUAGCAACCAGACUGACUUUGAGAUUCCCAAAGCUUUUUGUAUGGCACUGCAUGAACCAUAGACUUGAACUUGCUGUGUCAGAUGCAGUUGAUGAGGUAAACUCUGUCAAUCACUUUAAAACUUUUAUCCAGAAGCUAUACUCUCUGUAUAGUGUGUCAAACAAAAAUGAACGUGAACUUGUUAAUGCAGCAGCUGAAGUAGGCUCACAACUUCUUCGCAUUGGCAGAAUCUUGGAUGUACGCUGGGUGGCCAGUAGCUUUCGGACUGUUCGUGCUGUUUGGACAUCCCUGGGAGCUCUUGUGCAGCACUUUAAAAAUGCUUGCAGUGAUGAGAUGAGGUCCACCAAAGAGAGGCAGAUGUACAGAGGUUUGUUAGACCGUGUUCAAAGUCCAGAAUUCAUUUGUGACCUUGGCCUCAUGUACGACACUCUCCAUGAACUAAGUCUCCUGUCACAGGAGCUUCAGUCUCGUUCUAUAACGCUCCUCAGAGCAGAGCAUCUGCUGAAACGCUCAAUCAGAGUGAUCCAGUCAUUCAAAGAGAGUCCAGGUGAGAAAUAUAGUGAGGCUUUAGAAGCAAAACAGACUGGGGAGUAUCGGUCUAUAGCCCUGAAAACAAAUGCAAAGCUGAAGUCUAUCAAUCCAGGCCAGUUCUUACAAAGCCUUGUGAACAAUCUGGAGAAACGCUUGUCUUUUGAAGAUGAGACCAUCAUGGACCUCAGCAUCCUUGAUCAGAGUAAGUGGCCAUCAAAGCCCAGCAUCCGCCAUGGUGAAGAACAAGUUAAGCGACUGUGCAAGCGAUUUAACUUGUGCACAGACCAAGCACUGAAUGGGAUGCGGGACCUACUGGAAGAGCCCAGUAGUGAGCCCAAGGACCUAAAACCACUUAUGAACUGUAUGAAAACAUUCCCUGUCGGUACAGCAGAGUGUGAGAGGAAUUUUAGCCUUAUGAACAAUAUAAGCUCAGACAAGAGGGCUGUCCUUCUGAUCUCAAACAUAUCAAACUUGAUGAUGAUUAAUAUCAACGGCCCACCAACUUCCAAGUUUGAUCCUAGAAAAUAUACAAGGACCUGGUUGAAGAGCCAUCGUGCUGCCUCUUCGGUGCGUUCUAGACAGUGCAGUGUGAAAGCUCCUGCAGAAAGCAAAUUUGUCUGGAAUAUACUGUAGUAUGAGCAAAGGUCAGAAACCCAGUGCUGGGUUGAGAGAGUAUAUCACUGUUGAUGUGUUGUUAAUGCAUAUAUUUUUGUUAAUUGUUAACUAAAUAUUGUUGUAACAUAUUUUGUUGAAUGAUUUACUGGUAAAUGAACAUGUUCAAAACAAAGCAUAUAGCAAUAUGAACAAGGAUGCAUUGUCACCUUCAGAUUUGAAGUAUUUUAUUUAAAUAAAUGUGCAAAAAAUAAUCGAAACACCAUUUCCUGUUUGCCUCAUGAUAAAUACAUUUUACAUUCAUCCAGGCUGCUCUUGUGACCAGUAGUAACUACAAACUGCUCCUAAUCAAGUCAUGAUCAUUUUAUAAUAGUGUGCAAGUAGAAAUUACAUAUUUUUGGGUAAACUAAAUCAUAGUCUUACAUGUCACUGUUUCUAAAACAGGGCUUUUUUCUGGACUACUUAAAAAAAAAAAGGUGAAUACUGAGAGUAUACCCACUUCUCCAGGGACCACUACACCACUGGUGGCGCGUACCACAACCAUUAACAAUGUGGACCUACCCUACUACAAAUGUCUGCGUGGAAGCAACAGCCUGGAAGGAUUCCACAAAGCUCUGCCGAACAUGAUUCCAGGUCCCCACUGUGCAGCACGGCCCUAUCAGGUUUACCUGAUCAGUGGCAUUGCACGGUGGAACUCUGACAGGAGCGGGGAUGCCGUGUUUGGUGGCAAAGGACGGCACCACAGGACCUAUUCGGCGCCGCUGAUUGAUCGCCUCAACGCUCGCUGUCAGCAGCUGUUCGGAGAGACUGUGGAGGAGAAUUUCCGGGCCCCUGCUGAUGUCUCUUCCAACGAGCUGCUCGGGUUGGAGUACCUGUUCAGCCAGAGCACGGGGAAUCUGGGCCCUUCUCUCUUCAGGACAUUGUCAACGAUGGACCUGGUCCAGAAGAGGAGGUGCUCCGACCUGGGCAGCCUGAUCCAGAUGACGCAGACGAGGCGUACCAGAGCGAUGUGGAGGCACACGACCGUGCGCUGGAUGCCGUCCUGCCCCACAUCACACUCACCAGCGACGAAACCGCCACUGUUCACCCUCCGGCCUUUGAGGAUGCCUGCAGUCCAAACCCUCUUCCUGGCUUUCCUAAGUUGGAAAUGUUCUGCUCUGUGCUGGUGGAGAUUGGCCUGGCAGAAGAAAAGCUGUCACUCACCACCGAGCAGAGAAACCAGGUCCUUAAAGCCUGGAAUGCCGUGGAGGAGCAUGACAAGCAGCCACAAAAGUUCAACCAGUUGUACAGAACACACUGGGGCAACACCCUCUACUGCCGCACAAAAAGGGACGAUCUUGUUGACGCUGCUCUGAUACAGAGGGUAAAGAUGGCCAAGCGCUACGCACCAGCGCAACAGGACAUCAGUGCUCAGCACAACAGGCUGAUGUACACGCUGGUGAAACUGUUGUGGUUGCGCUCACCUCAAGGCUCUCGCAACAGUCCUGAGAAGAGAACCCUCUUGAAGGCGUACGAGCGAGUCCAGCACCGGAUUUUAGUGGAGGAUCCAGUCCUGUGCAAAGCAGGCAUUCCUCUACCCAAGAUUAACAGCAAGACUGUGCAGGACUUUAUCCGUCGCCAAGAGAGGCUCCUCAACUUGCACGCCACAAAACAGCCCUCCACCAUCACUAAGACCACCUCCAUCUCAUCUGCAGACCUUCCACCAGCACCACAUCAGCCUGCAGUCCUCCCUCCACCAGACUACCCCCUGAUGGAAUAUGUGCCCACACCCAGCACAGCAGGGACCAAGGUGUUAAAGGGAAGGACAGAUAUGAUGGCACCACUCUCCCGGCCUCAGCCACCGAUGCCACAUUUGCUACUGCCACCACCAGUGAGAAAACCCAACGCCCCCUCUACCAUCAACAGACCUGUGCCCUCCCUCUCUGCAUCUACAGCAACCCCAGGAAUUGCUGGCCCCUCCACAUGGCCCAUAAUGCCUGCUAGUGAGGCAAAUCCAGGGAUUGAUGGUCCACC